ACAAGUCCUAACUGCCUUAACUAUGAUUUGGAGACCUUACCGGAGCUAACAUGGCGAAAUCAAAGUUUCAAUCUAUCGCAGUGCUCGUAAUCCUCUUAGGAACCCUAGCAGUUCUCUCUCAGGCCAAAAAGUCUCAAAAGUCACAGAAGAGUUUACAAGAAGUUACUCACAAAGUGUACUUUGAUGUUGAUAUUGAUGGAAAACCUGCUGGCCGUAUUAUCAUUGGCCUCUUUGGAAAAACAGUUCCUAAAACAGCAGAAAACUUUAGAGCAUUAUGUACAGGUGAGAAAGGCAUUGGAAAGAGUGGCAAGCCUCUGCAUUUCAAAAGUAGUAAAUUCCAUAGAAUUAUCCAUAGCUUCAUGAUUCAAGGUGGCGACUUUACCAGUUGUAAUGGCAUGGGCGGAGAGUAGAUUCACGGGGAAAAGUUUGCCGAUGAAAAUUUCAAGCUCAAGCACACUGGCCCAUGAAUUCUUUCAAUCUCAAAUGAUGGUCCUGACACCAACGGUUCACAGUUCUUUAUCACUACUGUCACAACCAGCUGGCUGGAUGGAAAGCAUGUUGUUUUUGGGAAGGUGUUAUAUGGGAUGGACGUGGUAUAUAAAAUUGAAGCAGAAGGGAAGCAGAGUGGUGAGCCUAAGAGCAACGUUGUAAUUGCAAACAGUGGUGAACUCCCAC